ACUUGUAAACUGUUUGGGUGUGAGGGUACAGGACCGCUCGUCUGUACGACUUUGUGAAGGUGGACUUGUGUAAUUAAACAAGAGAAUCGUAGAUUUCAGCUGAAUGGUUAAGGAAUUAUGUGAAUGCAGUAACAGGAAGGAGAAAGAAGAGGCCGAACAGCGAGGAGGGGCUAAAACAAACUGUUAUAAUGUCGUAGAAUUGUUUUGGCCAUUGGGACUGUCGAAUUAGGCUUAUUAAAAUGUUGCUGCAAUGGUUACUGGUGGUGAUUGUUACGGCGAUCAACGUUGCAUUUUGCACUGCAGAAAUCACUAUUAGUUGCGAUGACGUCUGCAAUCAGGUGGAGAUGAUGCACGGAGAGGAAGGAAACGAAUGUGACACGAAUUGCAGGAGAGAGCAGUGUCAGAUCGGUUGUUUGGACUGGCGAGAAGGAACCAGGACGUCUUGUCAACAAACAUGUACCCUACACGGUUGGCAGACAGAAGACACCAUGUUCUGCACAAUGGGCUGCGUGUAUUCCGCGCAGACGUACUUGAGACAAGCGGAAGAGCUCAUCGGCAAACCCACGGCGCCCAUGCUCGUGGGCGGCAGCGUCAGCGGAUCCAGCAUGGGGUUGCGAUGGGAGUCGAUCCUCGGGCUGGACGACGUCAGCUACCUCGUCGAGUACCACCAGAACAAGGAACCCGGCGACUGGAAGUACUACAGGCCCAAUUCGCCCAUCAAUGACACCGAGAUCAUCGUGGAAGACCUCAAGCCCUAUACGAAGUAUCAGUUCCGGAUUGCAUACUUGGUUUUGCCCCGCCACGGGGCCAUCAUGUCGGAGUCAAGCUCCUGGAUCAGCACACUGGCUUCAGGUCCCCCAAGAUCGCCGCCUCGGGAGGUCAGAGCCGUGCCCCUUGACGGCUCUCGCGUGGAGGUGACUUGGGAAGCGCCCCUGUUUCCUGGCGGGGAUCUCAUCACCUAUACGCUCUACUCCAAAGACAUCGAGGGACUCCGGGAGCUGAGAGACAAUAUCGAUGCCUCCAGUGAGAGAAGGUACAUCCUGUCAGAAUUAUCGGCCAAUACCACUUAUGUGUUGAACUUAACAUCCACCAAUCACCGGGGUGAAGGACCCGGGGUUUCCGUCCAAGUAACCACUUAUCCAAGUUCAACAGCCGUGAACGACGGAGCGGGUUAUCUGCUGUUGACAUCUGGACCCAGCCUUUUGAAACUCGGACUUGACAUCAUGGAUACCCCUCAGCAUGUGUACAACACACCUGGUGGAUACAAUAUAACAGGCCUCGCUGUUCACAUCCGCAGAGGUCUGAUAUAUAUAUCGGAUUCCAGUGGAUCUAUCUACCGGCUGGCCCCUGCGAACUCCACCGGACCUUCCACGUUGCUCACUAAGAGUCACAUUCGCGGAUACCCCCUGAGUCUUUCAGUGGACUGGCUGUAUGGGUACCUGUACUACAUCGUCCAUUUGGAACCCCCCAUGGACCACAUGUGGCAACUUUGGCGCUGCGAUCUGAUGGGGAAGAACCCAGUGCUGAUUCAUGGGGAGUUGCACUACGAAGCGAAGCACCUACAAGUGGAUCCAUACAAUGGUUACAUUUGGUGGAUUUCUGAAGAAGAGGACGGAGGGUUGCACCGUUUAACCAUUACGAAUGAAGACCCACCAACAGUGAAACCCGAGGUUGUAUUGAAAGGCCCGAAUUUUGGUGGCCUAGUCUUGGACCCUCCCAAUUUUCAAGUUCUUGUGGCAGAUCGAAAAAACAACACGAUGUUAGCCGUCUCACUUGAUGGCACAUCUGUGACCAAUUUAAGAGCCAACACCCAGCAAGCUUACUUCAAGCAGCUCCGUUCAGUUGUGCAUCUCAACAGCCGUUUCUUUUGGACAGAUGGCAGUGAAGUGUACACUGAGGAACUGAAUAAAGGAACAUUUUACCACAACAGUGGCUGGAGCACCGUCGACAGCUACCUCGUUGUCAGUGGCGUCAGUGUCGGGACAUUAGUAGCAGUUCAUGCAUCAACACAACCCGUACCAGUACCUCUGAACCCUCCAAGUGACCUUCAAGCAGUUUUUACAAGGACAUCAGCUUCACUGAGUUGGAAUUCUCCAGCUUUGCCAGCUUUAAUGGGUGCUGGUGCUUGGCAGAAGUGGUGGUAUGAGAUGCAUAUCCAGGAAGGACAAAAAAUAAUGUACAACAAGAAUAUUAGUGACACCUCCUAUCAGGCAAAGAACCUUAGGCCUGGUACUUUUUACAUUAUCAAGGUGCAAGCCUAUUCUGUUGGAGGAAAUGGCCCUUGGAGUCGAGAAUUCAGAGGUCGUACCUUAGAUGCAUCUGAAACUGCACCACAGCUGGUAUGGGCAAUUAAUAGAGAAAUUAUGAUAACUAAUCUUGUUGGAAGUGAAGGCAAAGUUUUGGUGUCACAAGAAACACUUCAGAAUAAACUAAAAGAUGGAAGAAUUGCAGAUCUUGCAUUUUUUCGAGACCUGUUGGUGCUUGCCGUAAACAACCAAAGUGUUUUCCUGCUAAACAUGACAUCGUCGCAGUUUACCGAAGUACCAAACACUCAUGGAGUCCUUUCUGUCUCAGUGGAGUGGAUUACACAGCGAUUGUUUUGGGCUAAUCCACACAGACAAAUGAUUGGAUGGACAAGCCUUGACGGGCUCUCACAGGGCCCUUUGAAUGUGGUAACAGCUGCUCGAGAGGUUAGGGUGGAUGCACUGCAUGGCCGCCUUUUCUGGACCACACCUCAUGCUUUACUAGUUUCAACUUUGGCUGGUCGUAACAUUUCAGCAAUUCAUCAGGAAGGAAUCUUUAGUGGCAAACAAGUGUAUGGGUUAACUGUAGAUACUAAAGGUUCUCGAAUAUGGUGGAUUGUGAGAGAUGCAGAAGGCUGUCGAUUGUUUGGGGCACAUAUCGAUGAAGAGGUGACCAAAUUUGAACCCAAAUUCCUCCCCUACACUGUAAAAUUAGGACCUAUGUGGUACUUGAGUGAGCGUUUGUUAUGGCUGGGGGAGGAUGGUAAUGUGGUGGUUUCAGACACAAGUCUCAAUAAUUCUGCCUCCCUCCAUACCUCCAGUCUUGGUGUGUCUCACUUCACUGUGAUGUUACCAGAUCUUCAGCCAAUGCCAAGUAUGUGUUGUACUGGAACAAACGGUGUCCGAAUUCCAGUUGUUAUCCCAGACCCAAUUGAUGCAGCCUCAGUCAGGAUUAAAGGGACAUGGGAGAACUUUGUACUAGAGUGGUCAUCAAUAGAUAACGUUAAUUAUGGCAACCUUACUUACGAGGUGAUCAUUGAUAAUGGCAUUCAUAAGAGGGCAAUUCUCACAAGAAAUAGAAGCAUUUCUUAUGAUGAAGCCCUCCCCCCAUACUCAACCCUCAAGGUGUCUGUUAGAGGUAUCACAGAUUGGAGUGUAGGUAGCAAGCUCAUCAAGGUCCUGAAAACUCCCCCAUCAAUACCAGAAGCCCCAGAAGACCUUCGAACAUUUGUGCAGAAAGUUCAGGAUUCAUUGGCGACAAUCCAUUUACGUUGGUCUCCACCAGAGAAGCCAAAUGGAAAGAUAUUACAAUAUGAAGUGAUCUACUGUGUCUCAGAGGAAGAACAAGAUUGUCAUAGCAAGUUGGUUAAUGGAAAGGAAAACCAGCUCAGUAUUGAAAACCUGAGCUCUGACCAAGUGUAUCGGUUCAAGGUUGCUGCUAUUAGCGAAGUGGGUAAGGGGCCAUACAGCUCUGAGGUUACAGAGGCAGUACAGAAACACACUCCAACCCCUUCUCUCUUAGUGCUGAGCACUGAGACUCUGAUAAAGCUUGAUGCAGAUUUACAAGAGGAGAGUGAACUGCUCAGCGAGAGCUCAAGAGUCCGCUGGGUGACACCAUUACUGAAGACUUCAUCAUUUGUCUGGAUGGACGUGAAUUCUGAUGUAUUUUUGACUAACCUGCAGACAAAUUUUACCAAAAGGCUCCUGAGACUCUCUGGACAAGGAGUUGGCUUAGCUGCAGACUGGGUCGGAGAAGUAAUUGCUUAUGCAGAGAGACCUCAGUCGGCAGCAAAUGAAGUAAAUAUUCGGACUCAUGAUAUUGAACAUGGAGAAACGAGGCCAAUUGCCAGAUUUAGUCUUGCUGACCAGAUCAAGAAGUUCUUGCUAUCUCCAAUGACCAGUCAUUUGUUCCUUCUACAUGAAGGACAUCGUGGUCUUCAGCUGUCAGUGAUGAGUCUUGCUUUCGGCACUUUGAAUGAUGUUUUCAACCAAGAAAGUAGGACCCAAGACUGUACUUGUUUGAAGACACCAGCUUUGGCUGGUGGAGUUGCUCUCGACACGACCAAUACGUCAGAUAUAAAGAUCUAUUUUGUAGCAACAGGAUCUUCAACAUCAAGAGCCUCAGCAGUUUUCAGAGCUGAUUUAUCUGGAUGUCACUGUGAGGAAGUUUUUGUUCCAGAGGAAUUUGGUUAUGGAAGUUGUGCCGAAAUUGCUGUAGAUUUUUCUCACCUUUAUUGUUAUGCAGCUGUAAAUCAGACGUUGCUUUGGUUUUCAAAAGCUGGCAUAACCUCAGCUGACAAACUUCAUUUUCAAACUUUGUAUAAUGCUUCAGCCCUCAUUCCCUUGGAUUUAGCAACUCAGCCAAUGCCAGAAGCGAACUGCCUUGUUGUUUCAAACUAUUCAAAAACUCCAGAAUUGGGUGGCAGUGGAGAAUAUGCAAUAGCUGUGAAACUGACUGUUCCAGAAACAGAAAGUGAAGAUUGUAUGACCAUGACCCUUCUGCCAGUUAUUUAUAUUGUAUACUUCGGACCAGUGAUGCCAACAGGCUCUGAUUCAUGCCUGACUAAUGUCUCUUAUUGCCAGCAAGUCAAAAGUAUGUCUUCAGUCAUCACAGUUAAUGCACUCCAGCCAUAUAAAGAGUACUAUUUUCGAGCAGCAGUUGAAACAGCAUACAAUCAGAGGCUUGGUAUUGUGUCAUUGCCUGGUCCUGCUGAAAUAUUCAAAACAAAAGCUAAAGCCCCUGAUAGUGUUGGAAAAGUGACUGUAGAGGCAUUGUCACCUGAAGAAAUAGUUUUGAAAUUUAAUGCUGUCAAGGAUCAAGAAUAUGAAAUCCACUGGCAGGGAGAAGCUGGUUCUGGUCAGAUACGACCAGAGUUCAAUAGCAGUGGAGAAGUCGAUAGAAAAAUCAACAAACUUUAUCCAAAUUCAAAAUACGAAGUAUGGGUAAGAGUAUACUCAAAGGAUCACCUUAUAUUUACUGACAGCAAGCGUGUUACUGUUAUAACCCUUCCAGAAUUACCUUAUAUUAAAUUUGAAAAUGCAACAGCACGUUCACUUGUUAUUUCUUGGACUGCGCCAUCAGAUGGUUCUGUUCUGCGACAUGUUUUUCAGUACAUCGCAUAUGGAGAGACUCUGUGGAAAAAUGAGCCAAUGAUACUGACUACUGCAGGUCGAACUUACACUGUUAAUAUAACAAAACUUCUCCCAGCUACAUCCUACAUGUUUCGAAUAAGAGUGAUUUAUAACAGCAGUUAUCAUAGUUACAUUUGGCCUAGAAGAGCUCUCUUUAACUUCACCACAUUAGGUGAAAUUCCAGGGAAACCUGGGCAAGUCAUGAGACAGCAAGUUGGAGGGUCAGUCAGUGGUGGAGGCCUGCGUGUAUGGUGGAAAAAAGCUCCAGAAAAUGGGGCUCCCCUUAUAGCAUAUACACUGCAGGCUGCUCCUUAUAAUGCUGAACUGAGUGACAACCUGACUUAUGUCACCGUAUACAAUGGAUCUAACAACUACUGGCUUAUCAAUAACCUGGACGGUGCCUCGAGCUAUAUCUUCCGUGCUCGAGCCAUCAACGAACUCGGUCCUGGUCCUUGGGGAGAAACCAAUGUGAUUGAAACCAUCAUUGGGCCUACAAUGCUGACACAAACAGACAUCCCCACAAUCCUUGCGUCGACGAUACCCUCUUCGCUCUUCUUCUUUGCUAUUCUAUUUGGAUGUCUAAUAUUUGGAAUGAGAAAAACUGAUCGCAGGAGGAGAAAAGUAAAAGCUGCUUCCCUCAGUGAUUCAUCCCACCAUCACCACCAUCAUCGUAAUCGUGAGGUUGAAUUGGCAACGUUACGUCAGUUACCAACCAAUAACAACUUUGUCACGGAAAACAAUGUCCUGUACAAUCUUCAUACUUUUCCAGGGGAUGACCUGGAUUUACCACAUGUUUCUAGAAACUGUAUUACCUUGACUAAAUUCCUUGGAAGUGGUGCUUUUGGAGAAGUGUUUGAAGGAACUGCUUGUGAAUUACCAGGAUGGCCAGAUGUAACUAAAGUUGCAAUUAAGACUCUACGAAAGGGUGCAACAGAGAUGGAGAAGGCAGAAUUUCUGAAGGAAGCCCAGCUGAUGAGUCAUUUUCAGCAUGAACAUAUAUUGCGACUUUUGGCUGUCUGCACUGAUCAUGAUCCUUUCUUCCUUAUUCUGGAGCUGAUGGAGGGGGGCGAUCUACUCUCAUAUCUCCGCACAAGCAGAGGGGCUGAUAGUGGCUUAACCCUGGCUGAUCUAGUGUCCAUGUGUGUUGAUGUAGCUAAAGGGUGUGUUUACCUCGAAGAAUUACACUAUGUCCAUCGUGAUCUAGCAGCCAGAAAUUGUCUUGUAACAACAACUGACCCUGAACUGCGUGUUGUCAAAAUUGGUGAUUUUGGACUGGCUAGGGACAUUUACAAAAAUGAUUAUUACAGAAAAGAGGGCGAGGGUUUAUUACCUGUCAGAUGGAUGUCCCCUGAAUCUCUUGUAGAUGGAGUAUUUACAAGUCACUCUGAUGUUUGGGCAUUUGGCGUAUUGUUAUGGGAAAUCCUAACCCUUGGCCAACAACCAUAUCCAGCUCGUACAAACUUAGAGGUGCUUCAUUAUGUCCGAAGUGGAGGCCGCCUCACACGUCCACCUAAUUGUCCAGAAGAGCUCCACAAGCUGAUGGAUCGUUGUUGGAGCUACAGUCCAGAAAAUCGACCAACUUUCAAGGAAUGCUUAACUGCUUUGGUGGUGCUGCAGGAAACUAUUUCUGCUUUGCCAGCUCUAGCUGUGCAUAAUGUCCACUAUAUAGGUUCAAAUGGAACCUGUGGACUUGAUAAUCUGGCCUAUGCUGGAGAACGAGAUGAAAACCACAACACAAACUCAGGAAAUUCACUUCUUCAUGAAAAUGACUGCACUGGCAAUUCAUGGUCUGCUCAGACAAGCGAGAGUGUCGUAAAUUUAGGAAGGAGGAGGGAAAGUAGUGAUGAUGAUGCUGGAAUAGGAGUAGAAGUUGAGGAGACAGACUCAUUUUCAGGUGCCAGUACACUUCCUCUCACUACACCACUGAGAAGACAUCAGCAGUAUUUACAGUUAGUGAAUGAACCUUCUGCCUCAUCGCCUCCUGUUUCUCCUAGAUCACCCCCUGCUAGUUUCCCUCUGGUAGGUGAAACAUCAUCGGACUGGUCAAGGCUUCCUUUGUCAAUGUCUGGUGUUGAGAGCCCGCAGUCACCUUCUAGUCUGAUUACAGAAGCUCAGGUUUCUGUACCAUCCACUCCAAUGACUUUGAGUGUUGCUUCUCCAGCUCCAGAUUCACCUACAAGUGUUACUUUUACCUUUCCAACCUUACCAAGCAUAAUGUCUCCUGACCACUACCUCAAACCUUGUAAUAAUAAGGCUUUUGCAGGAUCUACUCCAUCAACUCUACAUGAAAAUGAUGGGCAGGUUGAAGAGGAAGAGUCUGAUUGCAACCAAAUAACAUUUGAUAAUUCAUAUGUUAAUAUGUCUGCUGGUGCAGAUUUGAAGUCUGCACCAGAAGUGUCUGGUUCAUUAGACUUGGAAAAAGUAAAUGGUGUCAUUCUAAGACGCAAGAAGGAUUGUGAUAUGCUUGCUGACUUGGAAAACCAUCGUUUGAGUGGGGUAUCAGCAUUGUCUGCUGUAAGUGGCAUGACCUCUGCAUCAACAGUUGACCUUGAACACAAUUCAAGUCAAUCUUGGUGUUAAAACUUAUGUUUUCGAUUGUGCAAUCAAGCUUCUGUCAUGUAAUGACAUGGUAGUGAAAUAGUCAUGGUAGCACUGAUAUUGGUAUACCUGGAAUGUAGUGUACUUACUGUAUCUUUGUGCACAAGUGGGAUGCAGUACAGCAGCUGGAUAAGUUCAGUAUUCUAGUGUGUCAUUAUAGAAUAAAUAAUGAAUUAUUCAGCAAGAAAUGCAUACUAAUGACAAAUUAUUUUAAAUUAUUUUGUUCAAGCUGAAGUAACUUUUUAAUUUGAAUUACAAUCCCAGUGUCUUCCACAAAAAUAUCACCAAUAAUAAUGCACAUGUGACUUCUUUUGUUAAUUGGCUUCCAAGUGCAGUACACAAUACUACCUCAGUAUAGUGCUGUGUGUAGGAAAUCUAGAACUUUACAGUCUCCGGAGAGAACUACCACAUAUACUGUUUUAGACAGCUAAUUAUUGGAAACCAGUCUGUCAGAAACUGCUGUUUUCAGAAAUACUUAUAUUGCAGUUAUUCAUUAUUUGUUUUGAAAAAAAAGAUUAAACCUGUGUUCAUGUUGUGAUGACAUCCUGUUGAAGUACAGAAUUUCAUAUACGGAUUAACUAUGUCAGUGACUUUUAUCCUCUCCUAUGAUCCACUGAGAAUUUUCAAACAGUUUUAUGUGAAGGAUAUUGGAUGUUCUUCUCCAGAAGGCAAUUUUGCAUGAAGGACAGUAAACCUGAAACAAAGAAGCAGAGAUGUCAUAAAAUCCUGAAAAGAACCCAUACUCCCUUAUUUCUGCUACAAUGUAGAUCACUUAAUCAGAGGUAGUCGCGGUAAUUUACGAUAAACAAGAUGUUUUUGACAGAUUAAUCAUGCUUAUCAGGAUUUCUUAAUUAUGAGAACUUUCCUUGUAGUUAGGGUGAAAUAUACUUUUAUUUAGUGGUCUAGCAAUGUGUGCUUUUCAUCCAAACAUAUGACCUCAAGCUUGUAUAUUUUUUGUACAUAUACAGUUGUGUGUAUAAUGAUAAAGUAAAUAUAACUGCUUUAUGUACAUAUUUGAUGUCUUUUAAGAAUAACUGAUGUAUAAAGUGCAUAUGUAAUGUUUAAAAGCUUUAUUUUGCAGUAUGCAAUAUUAAAAGCAUACAGUACAAUCCAAUUUAGCUUUAUAUUAUUAUGUAAACAUCUGAUUUAAAGUUAAGAAAGCACCAGAUUUGGAGUAACAGUGGACCUAGAGACAGAAGGAUUAAUGUAUAUUGAUAUAUCUGUGAUUGAAAAGUUGCCUAGCACUUUCCACUGAGAGUAUGGGAAGCUCUUAAUUGCAAGACAUAGGAAAGGGUGAUUUAGUUGUUAUACAGUUUCUAUUUCUGUUGUUUUAUGGACAGCAGACACUGUUACCAUUUUUCUUAUUAUAGACAGAUUGAAAGGUGCAAGAUGUUUGCCUACCUGACUUUUUUUCCUUAAUUUUUAAUGCAAUUUUUCCCUUGUUUUAUCAGUUUUAUUUUAACUUUUCCUACCAAUGCUGAGUUGUUGCAGAGAACCCAGGUGUAUAUAUAUUUAGAGCAUUUAUAUCAUGAUGUACAUAAUCAUAAGUCACAAAGAUGAAGCCAUUUAAAAUUAAGUAGCUUUUUUUUGUAACUUAAACCUUUUUCUUCAUAGCUUCCUGAGGACAGCUUAUGUAAUUGCCUAUUUGUGUAGAAGUCGUAAAUGUUUCCUGUGAUAUAUAGCAAGGAGCUAUAUCAUAUUUAGUGGUGCAGACUGUUUAGACAAUUGUGCUUCUGGUAUUCCUGUAGUGACAGUUGUAAACUAAUUUCAACUUGCUAUCCACACUUCAACAAUGCCAGUACUGCAAUGAAAUAAGUAGUAUUUGACAUGUGAAUAUUGUUAAACAACUAAAGAUUUAUCAUCAUGUGAAGUAAGUGUUCAUACUAUGCAAUGUACAGUAUUCUAGAUUUAAUGUCCUCCCUUGAUUGUUCUUUAGGAAAUUGUUUAAUUUCAAUACAAUAUCAUGUGCUCAUGUAGUUGAUUUAAUUUCAGAGCCAUAAAAUAGAAAGAUAUAGAGUUCAGUACUUUUUACAUGAUUUUUCAAUUCUUCAAAAGUAUUGAAAUUUUAUCACUAGAGUAUAUGUUGAGGUUGCUGAAAUUUACAGGUACAGUAUUUUAUAGCAUAAUUUACUUAUUUCCAGGUAUCCAAAAUGAUUUUGGUGUUAGGUUUUCAUUCUCAUUUAGGAAAAUUGGUAAAUUAUAUACUAAUUUAUAAUCACUUCACCCUAAAAAGUAGUACCAUAAUUUGAUCAGAUGUUCUUUAGUGUAUACAGUAGAUGAAUUGAGGUAAAAUUCUUGCAUAUUGCCAUUUUCUGUGCCAUUAGUGGGUUAAUCACCAUAAGUGUACCACACAGAAUAAUCUAAUAUUUCAGUAGGUUUUACAAGGUGGCCUUACACUUCUAAAGUUUCUUUCCUUCACUGUUGAUAUUUCACCUUAACACUUUAGGUAAACAUGAUAUAAUUCACUUCAGUGUGGUAAAUGCCACAGUUUUUUGUGCAAAUUUGUGUAUGCAAUUCUAGUUUCAUUUUCAACAGAAAAUGUGCUAAAUUUGGUAAAGACUGGGAGGUGUUAGACCAUACACAUAUAAGGGAAAUUGGUGGUAUAGGUAAGAUAACUAUCUAUUAAUGAACUCAAUCUCAUGAGGAAAACUUCCACAAAAUAGGAAAAUACUCGGUUAAUGGCAUUUUUUAUGAAGGCUAUAGGGGCAAAUAUGGAUUGAUGUACUAAAUCAAGAGUUUACUGUGAACAUAAUAGUUAUGUAAAAUGUCAAUGAUGGUUAGUUGUCAUUUGCUGACUUAUCGAAUACAGUAUUGUAAAAGUAGAUAUCAGCAGAUAAACAAUCAUAUUAUAAGACAGCAGACAAUUGUUGGAUCAGUUUGUUUAUAAGGACAAAACUUUUCUUUAGAUCAGCUUUAUGUGUAUACAGAUUUUUGUGCACUGAGUUUGUUAAACUAUGAAAUAAAAAUGCCAUGGUUAUUGUUAUUUUUAGCUGAAUGGGGAUCUUCCUUCUCUAAUGUGACUUCUGUUACUAGCAUUUUAAGAGAAUGUGUGUUCUUAAGCUUUAUGGUGGUUAAGGACAUAAUUAUAUUUGUCAUAGGCUAACGAAAAGGAAUAGCUUGUUUUUGGACAAUGUUAUGCAUCUUUUGUCAUUAUCAAAAUCAUUGGUAGACUGGCAAUUGAUAGAAUACAAUGCUGCUUUUCUUUAAAUUCUCCUGACUGGUAUAAAGCUGACAAUUAACUGAUAUAUUUUUCCAAUGGCAUUUUUUAGUCUUUGAGAUUUCUAUUACACCAAUAUCAGUGGCUUCAUUGUUAUCCUUUUUAUCUAAUGCGUACAGUAUAUUUUUUAGAAUAAUUGGCACAAAAGCCAAUUACUGUACAGCAGUAAUUGAAUGUCAUAUGAGCCCUACUUUUGCUUUGUUACUGUUUGAUAAAUUUUGUAUGAUGGAAUAUUGUGUGGUUUACCAGUACUUCUCACAUGAUCCUAGUGACACACAGGCAUCUUAGACAACUGAUUCAGAACUUGUAUUCAUGAGCACUCGGCCUUUGCAAAAUUACUGAGAGAUAAAAAUUCAUAAUGCACAAGUCUUGCAAAGACUUGAUUACCAGCAAAUCUGUUUGCUCCCCACAUACAUCUAACAUGCACUUUAUCGCAGUCAUUACUCUUGCAUUUUAUUUUGAUUAUAUGCUACUGAAAUUACUCCUGUGACAGCCUUAAGUAAAAUCACCUUAUAUUCUUCUGCAGUUACUGUGGUCUUCUUUUUGGGUGAUGAUUAUGAUAUAUUCAUUUGUAAUUUUUCAUCACCAUCAUAAUAAGGGAUGUAAUGAAAAAAGAUUGUUUUAUUUCUGCUUCUUUUUAACUGAAUUUAUAGAUAUGAGUGGUUUUGUUAUGUUAUCAUUCUCUUUUUACACUUUGUUAUUGUGAUCUCCUCUUCCAUGUGUCCCUUUUGCUUUGUUUUGUUAAACAUAGAAAUUUAUUAAUUAAGUUUACCUUAGGAAUUAAACACUGACAGUGUCAUCGAGUAUGGUGUUAAUUGAGCUUUAAGUAAGUGCUCUUUAAUCUGGUGCUUAUAUGAUGCUCUGGAAGCUGGCUUUAAAGAGGCACAUAUUUUGUAUAAAAAGGGUUAUUUCUUUUGUUGUACAUAAUAAAUCUCCAUUUGU